GUUCCUCCUCCACGUAUGCAGUUUGAUGAUAAGAACCUAGUGGAAAAGGCAAAAAGGCGUGCUGUGGUCAAUCAAACAGAAGCUAAAAACAGAGUUGAAUUGUUCCGGCAUCUGCCUCAAUAUGAACGGGAACUCAGCUUCCAGAUCUCGAGUCAAAGUUUUUUCAACUUGAUCUUCAAGGUCAAUGUGAAUGUUGAGGACUUUAUCUCGGAUGAGCUAAUAGAAUAUAUCCAUGAUAGGUGUGACAAAAGGAAUGAAAAUUCAAUUCCAUGUUCAAUAGAUAAGAUCACAAAGGGGAAGGCAGGUUUGGACUUUGGAGUACAUUCCUUAACUAGCAAUGUUUUUCAAAUUGGAGACCAAGUUAAGGAGAUUAAAGGUGCAGUCAACUAAGUGGAGGAAGACCGCUGAGGAAGCUGCUGCUAUUCUUUCAACAAGAAACAAAGGGAAGUUUGUGGACAAAACAAGUUCUCUUGAUAGCCACUACAAUCCCUUGAGUUCACCUUAUUCAGAAGACUUGGACGAUGAUUCGCCAAAGGCAUGUUCAAGAAGAUUGGUCUGUUAUGGAAGACGGGCCAAAAGUAGAUGGAAUUAUGCCACAGGUUUCUUAUCAUUGUCAGGUAUUGUUAUGAUGGGUUCUAUAUGUUCUUUUAUUCCACGAUAAUGUGUUCUCUUCCUUUUAUUUUAUUGUCUCAUAACUUUGAACAUCAAACUUAGCUUAAUUGCUUUUUGUUUUACCAA